AUGGACACCGCAAAUUCCGCGUCAACUGAUCGAGUGAAUCCCUUUUGUGACAAACCCAUACCCGAAUACGCCUUACAAUGGGAUAGCGCUGUUUGUCGCCCUGCUACGCUGCCGGCUGCGUACGACGAGGAUAUAUCCCCAGAGCAUAUUUUUUAUAUUCCCUCAGGCAAGGAGGACCACUCACAGUCAGUCCCAGAAACAACCCGGCGUGGGUAUGUCGUGGCGGAGCGCUGCGAGUCCUGUAAGAAACUCAGGAAGAGAUGCACACGCGCGCGUCCCAGUUGUAAAAGAUGCGAGACCAGUGGAAAACUAUGCAAAUUUUCUGUUUCACCUUCAAUUCUUCCAGGUCCGUCGGUACUCAGGCCAAGAAAAGAGAAGCAGAAUGGGAGUAGCAGUAGCUACCUACCGCUUCAGGAGGACGCUCGAUCGACAACGACUCGCCCUGAUCAAACAGUGGAUGGAGCAUCAUCCUCUAACCCCCCUGCUCCCGGUCUUAGAUUGUCAAGACCGCGGAAGUGCAAACAACCACGUUCUGCGCCAGAGAACAUUUCUUCAGAUGCUGUCGUACCAGAGAGCAGCAGCGACGAGGUACAAGAUGGUGCUGCCAAACCUAAAAAGCGUCGGAAGCAUGACAAUAUACGUACGUUCGAAGUACCGAGCGGUUCAAAUGCCAAUCGAAGUACUGCAAUAAAACGCGGACCCAAACCCAAGAAUAUAACCGGAACCAAGGACAAGGCAAAGCCCCAAAGCAUCACCGGGCGCAGAGGUGGCCUCCAAACCAGUCGUACAAUGCACAAGCCGAAGACUACAGAGAACGUUCCGUAUCAGCCGACAUGGCACGUUGUUCCUCCUCCGAAUCAACCUACCCUAGGAGGGUCAGCAGCCGCCUCGUUGGGUUCUGCCUCUACUCUCCCUCGGAUCUGGGCGAACAGCAAAGAAGAGCUGUGUGAGGUCAUACCGGAGCUGGCGCGAAGUAUGAAUGGGGUUGUUUGGCAGUACACGGAGACUCCUACCCUCUUCCUCGAGGGGCAGGCAUGGCCAAAUGACUUGUGGGAUGGUAAAUCCGUCAUCGAGCUGUCUUUGGUGCGGACUUUCUCGAGUCCCGUUCCCCCUGGCACAGCUGCCGAUAUCUCGCCACCCUUUCCAUUACCAGGCCGGGACCAUUCACUACCGACAUUAAUAUCGCCUGAUCUCCCCGUUUUACCUGGUGCUUCCGCUAUUUCUGCACCUGUUUUCUCCACUGGAGCGUUUGGCACUGUACCUCAUCCGUCGUAUCUUCAUCCUUCGCUUCGAGAGUCGGCUAGUGAUUCUUCUAUGUCUCUACCAGUUCUCACUAUGGAUGGACUAUAUACCUUGUCAGCAUCGCCGUCCCCUCCACCGGAGUACAUGCCAUUGCUUCCUGAGCAGCGAAGUACAGACGUUCCUUGGCGUAAUGGUCCCGCGACAUUCCAUUCGAUCUCCGCUAACGUUGUACCCGGUCCCUCAAGUGGUCUCCUAGUGCAACAAGACCCGUGUCAGUACAGGGAUUACUUGAUUUACGGCGGAGUUGCUCUUGAAAGUGUACCUCCCCUGCUACCAGCGGCAGUCCACGGCUCCACUAAGUUUCACGAAGGCAUGGUGGGCCGCGGAGUACAUCUUGGCGUGUUUGCUUCAACUUCUGCUGACUACGGAGACUGGGGCAAGGUUGCGGAUAUGCAGAGUAUUUCGCCAGUGGCAGAUGCGUGUCAAUUUGGCGCGGUCCAGACGGAAGAAAGCUCCACAAUGUCAGCUGUUCCGAUCCCUGGCUCGAGCCGUGGGUCUGCCUUACAAGGAUACUAUGACUCUUCUUACUCGUAUUACCUACCACAGAUAUUGCAGCAUACACAAGAGCUGCAACGACUCAUUGCCACGGGUUCUGCAGCCGACGGUGCUUUAAUGCGAUCAAUUCCAGGCCCACAUGUUCACUCGCAGAUCCCUGAGACCUUCACUCAUUCUUCCACUUUUCACGGGGCCGGGCCAACGGAAAUAUAUCCUCCCCCAAAGCUCCACUCUUCACCGAUGGAUGAAGCCUUGAAUGGCAAUCCGCCUCCUGAGAUCAAAGCUCUGUUGGAUUGCUACACGAAGCGUAUCCCGGUCAGCAUUAUUGCGACUAGGAAUUCGUCGCUUGUGCGUCUCGGCUUACCCGAAGAGUACGGCUGUGUCUUUCUGGGUCUCUUCAAGAUUACAGAAGUGGAGAUAUUCGACAGGGAUGUCAAUUCCUUACAACCAGUCCAGGAUACUCGACAUGCACGCCAUUGGCGGUUCAGGUUCGUGUGGACACCUGGCGGAGACAGUCUCGAUCCGUCGGUCGGUCCUCUACCUCGUUGGUGGGUGCCUGCGCCAACAGGCGAGGGCGAUGGAGAGGAAGAUCAGGACAUUGAUAUGUUGAUGCAGCCGUAUAACCUCUUACCUCUUGAGCUCAUGGCCUCGAGCACGUUUUCCCAGGAGGACUUCGAGAACGGUACGUCCGAGCUAACGACGUCUCACGGCUGGCACUGCGGAGAAUGUGGAAUGCUGAACGUCCAACGGAAUCUGCGGCAUCAGAAGUGUGGUCACUGUCGGCGAGGUAACUUCAUGCCUCCUGUGGAUGUCGGCUGCCUACGCAACCCAUACACCACGGCACCGCAAAUACUGCCUUGGGAUCGACCUUCGGAUGGUGUCUCGUCGUUCACCGUCAAGCGCCCCGAUAGUAUGCGCGUGUUCCGUUACAAAUUAGGCGAUUCCCAGAUUGCGACGCACCUCUUCACCGGCAAUCUAGAGAAGCACCAGGAUCAGCCCACUCGUCUCUUCAGGGAGUUUCAGAUGAAGAUUGAGAUGCCGAUGCGUGGUCUCAAGGCUGGCUUAGGGGCAGGGCCUUACUACACCUAUUUCGUUGGUAAAGAAGGAGGUGUCCCUGCUGUCCCUUGGGCGGAUGUUCCAGAGUGUGUUUCCGCUGCUAAAGAGUUGAUGCUCCAUCUUGGACGUACCGACGGCGGAGAGUCCUCUUUGAAGAUCGAUCAGUUGAUCGUGCUCGCUUGGACAAGUACGGGCUCGAGGAAGGGAAUCUUCCCGGCAAAGAAGUCAUGCAUCACGCUGCUCUGCCUCGGUGCAGACAUCGAACUAUCCAUCUCAGUCAGAUCUGAAGUGUCACCUACGCGAAUGAAAGGGGGAGCACAGGCUGCGAACCGGGCGGCGACUUCAUCAACGAGCAGCCCUGCAGCAUCUCUGGUCCUAUCACGCCGUACAGCCAAGAAGAGAAAAUAUCCUUCCUCGGUUCAGAGGAAGACUUCUUCGGCGCCCUCUAAGAACACGUGGAAGGAAGCUCUGCUGGUCACCCUUGUUCAUGGGGACAUUCUCGUGUUGACUGGUGAUGACUUUCAGUAUUCUAUGAAGCGGGCAGGCAUGAACAUUGUUUUGAUAGGCACCAGUUAA